GCAAACUGAGAGAUCCUCGGCUAUUCUCUUUCACUGUGUGAUCAUCCGAGUCAAUCCUACCACCACGAGAGCACGCGACCACGAGUAUGAGACGACGGAGAUAACUGUAAAGAUGCUUUCCUCGCAGGUUGUAUCGGCCUCACAGGCCCCGAUAUCACCUCUACUUCUCCAACCCUCCUCGACCGCGGUCCUUAGAUCUAGAGCAGGAUCGCGCCCUCAACGUCAGAUCCGGUUUAGGCUUUGGUCUUCAUAUCAGAACUCAGGUUACCAGAAGGAGUUUCAUCGCCGUAGUCGAUCUAUGAAGCACAAAUACACCGAUGCUCUCAACCGAAAGCCUUCAUAUGAUUGUCAAUCUCCAACACUUGCGAGACAAUUUGCCCUCAAGGGGUUUAUGUACAACACCUGGCGUGGACAGGACCCGAGAGCAACAAGUCGCUGGGUGGACAUUGAUGAGCUGAACAACUCGAAGAACGAGAAACAAAAGAGACAGGAUGAAGGAUUCGAAGAUGUCGAGACGAGUGCUUUUGAUACCCUCUUGAACAGCAAAGAUGGCCUGUAUGACCUGUUUCAAGCUAGAUCGAGACUCUUUCGCGGAGGAUCAGGCUGUUACAGAUUUGUUCCAGAUCAAGACUGGAAGGCUUCGACUCCAAUCUCUUCAAAUGACAUCCAGAACGACAAGCCGUCACCUCAGAGAACAGAUAACCAGAAAGAUCUUCGCGAUUUUCAAAGCCAGCACAGUGCCAGCCCCGAGCCUGAGUACGAGAUUGACCCAAUCACAAACAGAAAGGUCUUCACGAACAAAUCUUCCGAACAUGACCAGAAUACAUUUGAGGUACCAGUGAAGACAUUCAAAGGGUACCGGUCUCAGUUCCAAGAAUUCAAACCACCAACGCCUGCGGACUCUCAAUCAGAAGUCAAGAGCCCGGAGCAAGUCUUACCCAAUCAGAAGCAAGACAGUGCAUCAGUCAAACCAAACUCCAUAGAUGAGAGCUUGAAGGAAUAUGAGACUGAUGAAUCUUACAAGCCUUACUUUGCCUAUGAGCCUGAUGGAAAGAAACCCGAUCCAGUGCGGGAAGGGCUGAAGGAUUAUGAGACUAAGGAAUCUUACAAACCUUACUUUGCCUAUGAACCUGACGGAAAGAUACCUGAUCCAGUGCGGGAAGGGCUGAAGGAGUAUGAAACUAAUGAAUCUUACAAACCUUACUUUGCCUAUGAGCCUGAUGGAAAGAGACCUGAUCCAGUGCAGGAAGGACUCAGGGACUAUGAUUCUCGGGUUUCGUAUGAAUCUUUUCCAUGGGGUGUUCCAGAUAAGGAGGUCUCUCAGGAUUCUGUUCGUUCUGAUCCUGUUCAAGAAGGCCUAAGGGAUUAUGACAGCAAGACUUACUACGGUCCAGUCAUGUACAAUGAGCCCGACGGCAAGAGUCUCCAGGAACAUGCUUCUAUUCAGGAGAGUUCGAAGCUUCCUAGAAUAGAAGAUGCCCGCCUUAAUCAAAGAAUUUCUUCACCCUACAAAGUAUUGCGCCGCCAGGAUGAUGCCGAUACAAGGGAGGAUUUGGACUUACUUCGACCUAGCGAUGUUCGUGCGGCAUCAGGCAUUAUCAAGGGUAGCAAGAAGGAGACCGAGGCAGAAAAGAUAGCCAAGAGAAAAGAACUAGAAGCCGAUUUCCAGAAGCAUGCUGUUGAAGAUAGUGAGCUGCAAAGUAUUGCCUCGCAGAUCAAGGGUCGAGUUAAUUCCAAGCCUGCGGAGGUCUCAUCCGACUUGCCUGCAACAGAACGAAAAAUGACUGGCAAUUUUGUUCGGGACUUUCCUGAAGAGUUCGAGAAAAAGUGGACUGCCGAAAAUAAUCAUUCCGGGAUCUUAACACCGAAGCCGCAAACCGACGCUUGGGGUUACGAUAAGACUCCAAAGGGUCUCGAGUUAUCGUAUGAGCAAGAGGUGCAGAAGUCUGAACAGGAAUUUAUCAAUGGCCUUGCACCGACGGAACGUUAUGCUAGAAGACCUGACAUCCCAAGAAUACAGACUUCCUUGGAUCGCAGUGGCACCCAGGAAGAGGACGGCAAGAGAGAAUCCAAGGCGACAGCAAUGGACUCUAUUAAUCCCAUAGAAGAGGCGCAAAAACUUCGAGCAAAAUACGCGAAUAUAAAGCUUCAAAAUGAACUUGACCCAUAUUCGAAGGAACCCCAGGGCUUGGAAACAAACUAUGAGGAAGAGCUGAAGCUCAAAAAUGAGGCUGACCCUUAUUCAAAGAAACCACAGGGCUUGGAGACCAGUUACGAAGAAGAGCGGAAGCGCGAACAGAAACUCGCAAUCGAGGCUGACCCAUAUUCUAAGAAACCUCAGGGCUUAGAAACCAGCUAUGACGAAGAGCGGAAGCUCGAACAGAAGCUUGCAAUCGAGGCCGACCCUUAUUCGAAGGAACCCCAAGGCUUGGAAACCAGCUAUGCCGAAGAGCAGAAGCUCGAAAUUGAGGCUGACCCAUAUUCCAAGAAGCCACAGGGCCUGGAGACUAGUUAUGCUGAAGAAUGUGCUGCGAAGCAAGGCGAAGGAGACUUGUCAGUCUUCGUAUCGUCCUAUGGAUCUCCUAAACGCGACGAAGAUUCCUCAAAGAAAAGAGAUACCGUGUCAGAAAAUGAGUCCAGACGUCUGGACAACCAGAAGAAAAAUGUCUUGAAGCAGAAGGACCGAGAUUUGGUGCGCCAGAUCCGAAGUGUUUACGAAGAGAAAUAUGGCACCAUCGACCACAAGCAUCGCCAGGUUCCCGAGGAGCCCAAAACAUCGCAAUAUUUAGACGGUGAAAGUGCGCAAGUCGUGGAGUCCACUUCAGAAGCUCCAGAACCCACUUUAUACAAGAUCCUCGCCUAUGAUCCGACCAUGCAGUCCAUCAGCACAGCUGAAACGACCUCCAUUGUUCCGGACACUGCUUCAGCCCUUACGCCCGCAGAAGUCCUCCUUCGAUUGUCGAAUCCCUCCAAGUUCUUUCCCCAUUUUGAGCCACUUCAAGCCCAAGGCUAUGAAAUUGUAUCUGGUAGUGGUGAUGUACUCGUGUUCCGCAAAGUUCGAUCGGCUGGACCCGCAGAGGUAAAGGAGGAGCCAUCGCCAUCAUCUAGAGAUCGGAUGAAGAAGGCCACGAAUCCUAUCGAUGGCACGCAGAGCGGUCCCAUUGCAACGACUGGAAACUUUGCUAGUCCUACUGGUUUCGUCAAUCAUGAUCCUCCCUAUGGCUCUAAUCCUGCUUUCAAGUCCAAUGUCGAUGUCCGUCGUGAAGAGGAUGUCUUCAGUGGCAAAUCCAACUGGUCGAGAGGCACCGAGCGUCCCCAACAACGCAAGAAGAUGAGUCUCGCUAAGAGAAUGCUACUGGGCGCCGUUUGGGUUGGAGGACUAUCAUACACCCUCGGGGUCGUCAGCGAGUACUUCAAGACCGGCGGGAUUGACGGCCUUGGACCUCAGGGUUUCUAGAUAGGCGGGAAUGUUAUAUGCGCGAAAGAAAGAUAAUACGAAAGUCAUGUUAGCAGAGGCGUUUUACAUGGAAAGGGUGUUGAAGGAGCACCGAAUUCUCUCAAGAUUGACAAAUGGAUAAUUAUACGGGGGGAGUGAUGGCGCGCAUGGCGGCGAAUUGAAAUUGCUGGUUUGUUUCUC